UAAAAGUUGAAACGAGCUCUACCGAAAUUUUAGAGCUGUCAAACUUAGGAAAAAUAAUUAAACGAUGUUAAAUGAUCCUUAAAACAUAGUUUGUGUAGAUUUAAGAGCAAGAGCGUCAAGAGUAUGCUUGAGGCUCAUGCAAAAUGAAAAUAAAUGAAAAAAGCCUGGCCAAGUAUGCAGGAUCAGGUGUUCCACCUGACCGAGAAGGUUUCCUCCUCAAGAAGGGGGUUUUACAUAAGGCAUUCCAGAGACGAUGGUUCAUACUGAAGGGUAAUCUGCUGUUUUACUAUGAGAAAAGAGCGGAUAAGGAUCCCUUAGGUGUGCUAGUACUGGAGGGUUGUACCGUGGAGCUAUCAGACCUGGAGGAUGGGUUCAUGUUCAUGCUCCACUUUCCCGGAACCAGCUCGAGGACGUAUGUCCUGGCAGCAGACAGCCAGGAGGACAUGGAGGGCUGGAUGAAGGCGCUGUCAGGGGCUAGUUAUGACUAUUUGAAAAUCUGUGUGACAGAGCUUCAGAAAACACUAAAAGACUUGGAAACCAAUUCAAACUUGGCACUUCUAAAAGGUGCUGUGAAGGAGAGAAAAUUUUUAGUGGAAUCGGGUUUCAUUAAGGACUCAUCCAUGUCUGCCAGUUCUAGUUCCUCAAAUCACGUUGCUACUCAUCACCGACAUAACCCAUUUAACGCUGAUUACUCAUUUGAUCGUGGCAGUGUCUCAAGUCAGUCGGAGAACUCACCCGAUUAUACCGAUAGUUCAAGGGUUUCAACAGUGGAGAAGAAAGCUAGGACAUUCCUUGAAAUGCAUGCUGAUUUAAGUGAACAAAUUAGUGAGAUAAGCAAGUUAUGGCUUGAGGCAAACCCACAUUCCAAGCUAAAAUGGCCUUCAAACAAAAACUGUACUUAAUGUGUUCAUCAUUGUGCCGAGUGUUGUCAAAUCAUGUGAUUUAUUUGUAGAAAACUUGUAUUUGAUGAAAAAAUAGUUCAUAUUAUUGUUUCAAUAUCACAUUCCUCUAUCCUGAGUUAUAUUUUUGGCCAGAAAAUUUCAUAAGUCUAAUAUUAUAUUAUUGGCUCAGGUGGUUCAGUGACUGUCAAGUAAUCCGUAGUAAAGCUCUCAAUAUGAUAUUAAGUUUCAAUUUGAUAGAAGGUCUUUUAUCUAUUUUCCAUAUAUAUGUCAUGGUUUUAAAUACUUUGAAUCAAACAUUGUUUACACUUAAAGCUGCACUCUUCCAGAUAGAACGUUUUGACAACUUUUUUUAUAAUUUGUCUUGGAAGGAGCCGUUUUUUGAGAAAAUGCAUGGAAACCAGUUAUAUAAGAAUGCUGAUGAAAAAUGGAAUGAAAAUUUUAUAUCUAAGUUCAAAAAUUGAUAUUUUAUGCAUUUUUCUUAAACCGUUAGUUAAGCCAUAAAACAUUAAUUUUCGAAUGGAAAAAUGAAAGUCUGCGAUCUGAUCUUUUGUCAGCAAUUUUUUAUCAUUGGUUUGCCGAUAUUUACGCCAAAAUAUGCUCUUUCCAAGACUAAAAAUAAAAAAGUUGUGAAAACAGUUUAUCUGUGAGAGUGCAGCUUUAAAUGAUAUAUUAAAUGUAUUCAUACAUAUGUAAUCUUCUAAAGUGAGCAUUCUUCCCCUUAUUAGUGUAAGUAAAAAUAUUUGGAGAGGAACAUAAUAAGCUCUGCUUUUUUUGUUGUCCAUUUCAGUACAUAAUACUUUUUCUGUAGUAAAACAAAUAAUGUGCAAUCUAAUGUUUGAUAUAUAUGUUGAAUAAAAUAUGUUUACAUGACUGAAGAUCGUCACAUGUAAAUUGACUUGAUAAGUUUUCGCCUAUAAUAAUAAGCAAUACUCAUUUGUUAAAAUCUUUAUUAAUUUUUAUUGUAAUAGCUGUAUAUAAGUUUAUACAUGUAAUAGACACAUUGGGAUCAUUCAAACCUUUUUUUAACUAAAGACUAGCUGUAAAUUAUUUGUAUUGGUGUAUUGGACCACAUAUGGAUAUAAUUUGGUAUAAUAAAAAAAAUCAAGAAUUGUCAUAAAUGGACACUGUUUCUGUUACAAUAAGUGUAUUUUGCCAGGUAACAUAUUUUCUGUUUAUUUCUCUUAUGUAUUAACAUGUGUCAAACUUCUAUAAGGGUACGUUUUGUAUUUUAUUAAAUUUUAUUGUUCUUAUAUGCCAUUUAUCAGAUAUUGAAAGAUCAAUAGUUUUAUGGCUCAGAUCAUGUAUGGAAAUCAGAAAUGUGUUCUUUGAUUUAAAUGUUACUUGUUAUUCUGAAUAAAAACUAAUUGUGUG